CGUUACCCAGGAAGUAAAGUCUAGUCAGACCGGACCACAGACAGGCAGUUCUCCACUGUUUUGUCUAGAAAUCAGCUGAGCUCAUUUAGUUUGUGACUGUAGUAUAUUCUUUUUUCAACAUGCUGAUUAAAGUGAAGACUCUCACUGGAAAGGAAAUAGAGAUCGACAUUGAGCCCACAGACAAGGUGGAGCGAAUUAAAGAAAGGGUGGAGGAGAAGGAAGGAAUCCCCCCUCAGCAGCAAAGACUCAUCUACAGCGGAAAACAGAUGAACGAUGAGAAGACAGCGGCAGAUUAUAAGAUCCAAGGAGGCUCGGUGCUGCAUCUUGUGUUGGCGUUAAGAGGAGGAGCGACGACCCACCGGCCCUGCAUACACCCCGCCCCCUCCUCGUCCUGAGUCGCUGUCGUCACGGGCCCAGCCGAGUGCCAACGCUUUAGGUGUCCGUCACCGUCUAACUAUGUCACAGCACAGAGAUCUGAAAAAUCCCAACGCUCCCGACCCGACGCAAAACAAAAAUCAAACAACAAAAGGACGUUUUGAUUCCUUUCUAGAUGUUUUUUGUAACCCUCAUUGGCUUUAUGAAUUCGAUCUGUUCAUGCAGGCACCCACGCAGUACAAGAGACAGUUUGAGAACACUGUGGUCUUUUUUGCUUGUGAAUAAAUGCUGAAGCUGA